AAAAUGUGCCAUGUCCGCCUAAUUAUUUUAAAUGUACAGACAGCUAUUGCAUUCCUAUGAAGAAUGUGUGCAAUGGCCGAAUAGACUGCCGAGAUGGCCAAGACGAACAGUAUUGUGAAUGUCAUGCUAAGAGAGACAUAAUCAUCGUUACUGAAAGUACUGAUUUCCUUCCAUACAGCAGAGCAACUCUGCUCUUCGAAACUGCUACUAGAUUGGGUGGAACACUUUACUCCAAGUAUAGCACUAUUAGAACAUUACAAAUUCGCUUAUCAACGGCUGAUAGUAAAUAUGUUUUUGAAAGUUCAACUAUCAAUAGUUAUAGUGAGCACCCUAGUCAAAUUUUUGAAAAGUUUUAUGAAAAUGAGACCAACGAUAACUUUCCUGGACCAAGCGAGCAAGAACAAACUGCAAUCAUCUGGGUAUCUGAUGUUUCCGAGUACACAGAAAGGGAGAAAUACACAUUCAAUCUUUUUGGAAUGUCAAAUUCUUCCGGACAACCAUUGAGAUACCGCAUUGUCAUCGGACACGGUGCAUAUAAAGCUGCCGAUGUCGAUGAUGUUACUCAAUUAAUAAUAGAAGACUAUGAAAUUCUCGGUACACUUGGAAAAGCAUUGUUUCCAAGUAUAUGCAAAGGUCAACCACUUCAGUGUAAAGAUAGAUAUCGAUGUAGUCUGAGUAUGGUAUGUAUUCCUCACGAACAAGUAUGUGAUGGUAAACAGCAUUGCCCAUAUGGUGACGACGAGGAGUUAUGUGAGUUCAUAUGCCCAGAGUUAUGUAAGUGUAAACCUGGUAUCGUAACAUGUACAAAUAUUCAAAACAAUAACCAGACAAUCGUCGUACCAGUCUCGAGUCGCAUUUUAGACCUAAGCAACUCAACACAUCACGGAGCUGACAUUCUAAGGAAACAGAACAGAAAAGGUUUAUCACUACUGAUUUCACUUAAUGUUUCAAGAUGUGAGAUAAGAGAAUUAUCUAAAUCUUCAUUUCAACAAUUCACCAACUUAUUGAAAUUAGAUAUAAGUUUUAACAAAUUCACAAUAUUAUCCCGUGACACUUUUAUCUACUUACAUCACUUAAAGGAGCUUUACAUGUCAGGAAACACAAUGUUAAGAGUUGUAGAACCUGGGGCAUUCAAUAGUCUUAGCAUUGAAUCACUUUCUAUUAACAAAGCCCAAAUUGAACGUUUGGAUGCAUAUACAUUCGCUGGAUUAACUCUACAAAGUCUUCAUUUAGCAUCAAACAAGAUAACAUAUAUAGACGAUUUAACGUUUAGCGGACUAACUUGUCAAAAUUUAAAUAUUGAAGAUAAUCCAGUGUCUGUUUUUACGAAAAGAAUGUUUGACGGGGUAAAUGGGGUGAAAAGACUUGUCACGUCUGCUUAUAAGUUUUGUUGUAUUCGACCUGGGUACUUGAAUGAAGAAAACUGCUUACCAUAUAAAGAUGAAUUUUCAUCAUGUACACACCUGAUGAGAAACACUACGCUACAAGGAUUAAUGUGGACAAUAGGGUUGUUGGCUCUCACUGGCAAUGUGUUGUCUAUAGUUUAUCGACUCAUCUACGACAGAAAUAGGCUGAAACUUGGAUACGGAAUAUUUGUCACAAAUCUGGCAGUUUCUGAUUUGCUUAUGGGAAUUUAUAUGCUUAUCAUUGCGACAGCAGAUAAAUUGUUUAUGGAUAGGUAUAUUGAGAUAGACGAGUACUGGCGGAACAGUGGUUGGUGUCAGUUUGCUGGAGUUUUAUCAACACUAUCAUCAGAAGCAAGCGUUCUUUUCAUGUGCCUUAUCACCAUCGAUAGAGUUAUUGUUAUAAAAUUUCCCUUCGGACAAUACCGUUUAUCAACGUAUACGUCCCUGUUAGCGGCAUCCGUUGCAUGGGUGAUUGCUGUUCUUAUUGCUCUUGUACCUGUUUUGUAUACAGAUUAUUUCAACAACAAAUUCUACAGCAAAUCUGGCGUAUGUCUUGCAUUGCCACUUACACGUGACAGGCCACCAGGAUGGCUGUACUCCGUUAUUGUUUACAUUGGAUUCAAUUUGAUCACUUUCGGACUCAUCACUGUUGGUCAGCUGCUUAUCUACAUAGAGGUCCAUAAACAUAAUCAGUCGAAGAAACGUUUGAACAUGUCCCGGAGCAACGAGUUAAAGGUGGCAAGGAAUCUUCUUUUACUUGUUGCAACCGACUUCAUGUGUUGGUUCCCUGUUGGCUUAAUGGGUUUGCUGGCUUUAUCAGGGCACGUUAUUCCCGGGGAGAUGUAUGCUUGGACAGCGGUUCUUAUCCUGCCAAUUAAUUCGGCGCUGAAUCCGUUCAUGUACACAUUCUCUGCUAUAAUCUCUGCAAAGAAAAUAGCCCACUCUACGAAGGAGGCAAGUCACACGGAUGAAGGUGGAAAAGUUAUAAUGGACGUUCUGCCAUACUUUAUACAGAGGAGACUUCGUUCUAGCAGACCCAACAGCCUAGACAAGGUUCUUGAUCGGAAGAGGUUCUCAAUCAAAGAAAUUGCCUUCAUUGUGCACAACGUUGUAAGCUAUAUAGAAAUUGUUCAUGAGCACGGUCUUGUUCUUGACGGUCAAGUCUCGGUGGAAAACAUUGAUGUGCCACUUACAUCCGAUUUAAAGAUAUCGGGCAAAGCCACUAUUAUGAGCCUACCUUCUGUAUUGUCAACAAGAGUGAAGAAAGGUGGCCAUGCUUACGAUGACAUCUACGAUGUUGGAAAGCUUACUGAGGUCAUGUUAAGGAAUGUUUAUGCUUACCGAUUAAAGUGA